UAGCUAGCUAAGCACUGUGAUCUACUCCACCUAGUGGCUAGCUAGCUAGGGCUCUCUCCAUCACUUGUUUCCCGGCCCGGCACUCAUCCAACCACGUUAUAUAUACACACACGACACACUUAACUCAUCCCCCUCUCUCUCCGGCAUAUAUCCUCUCUACAAUCUUUUCAGAGGAUGAUGAAGAGGUUUGUGAUCCUCAGGAGGUGCCAUCCGCCGCCGCCGCCGGCGACGGCGUUCGGCGGCGGGUGCUGCCGCGGCGUGCGGUACGGAGAGUGCCGGCGGAACCACGUGGCGAGGACGGGCGGGUACGCGGUGGACGGGUGCCGGGAGUUCAUGGCAGAAGGGGAGGAAGGCACCAGUGGGGCGCUGCGGUGCGCCGCGUGUGGCUGCCACCGUAGCUUCCACCACCGGGUCUUGGUGCCGGCCCGCUGCUGCUGCUGCAUCCAUGCCGAUGCCGAUGCCGGUGCCGGGGCCGGGGCCUCGGGUCUCAGCUGGGACGUCUGCUCCACGGAGUCCACGGCGUCCAGCACCGCGGCCACGAGCUAGCAGGGAAGGGUGAUUAAGAUCCAAAGAAGAAGGCCGCACAUUAUUGGUAUCAUCUAUCAUCUGAGGUGUUCAAGUGUGAUUGAUUCCAUGCAACUCCAACCUCUCCUCUUACAUUGGUAUAUAGUUGCAUGACUAUAUAGGAGUAUUAGCUAGCUAGCUUGUUUCUACCAGCUUUGUUUUGUUUUGUUUGUUCUCUGACUAGCUAGCUUAGCUAGCUCAUGCCUCCUGCUUAAUUAUUUUCUUUCUCUUAAUUACCUCAGCGCUAUGAAUUCAUUGUAUUUGGACGUGUGUCCAGCAUUCACGCGCUAGCUCGGCGUCUCUAUGUCUGUAUGCUCCCUCUUUUGCAUGAGAUUAUUGUGUGGCCGUGCUUCCUUUCUGACUUU